GUGACGAGUACCGUCGGAUAAUCACAUCGAAGCACGGCAUCAUCUCACUCAAGCUUAACCCCAAACCGAUGUUCUACGAAGCGUUUAACUGUUCGAACGUCGUUAAACUAAUCGUCGGUGGGGAGGCAGCGAAGAUGGGCGAGUUUCCGCACCACGCGCUACUAGGAUAUGUAGACGAACAAGCUGAAACUAGCGCAUGGGGACAGUACAAAUUCAACUGUGGUGGUUCGCUCAUAUCCGAUCGCUUCGUGAUGACGGCGGCACACUGCUUUAGCUUUGCUGAUCCCGUCAUAGUGCGUUUAGGUGAACACGAUCUGGAUGCCGUCGAAUCGAAUCGUGUGGAUUUUGACAUCGCCCAGAUCACGCGCCAUCCCCAGUACCGGAAUUCACGCUCCUAUCACGACAUUGCUCUGGUGCGAUUGAAUGGAACAGUUCGAUUCUCCAAAAUCAUUCGACCAGCCUGCCUCUGGGUGGAACCGACACUAAACAUCAGUCGUUUUGUAGCAACAGGGUUUGGAAGAGUCAGCGAAGAUGUUUAUGAGGUCUCUAAAAAAAUGAUGAAAGUUCAGCUAGAUCUGUUUCCUGCUGCUGACUGUGAUCUAUUGUAUCGAGAGAAUCGUCGCUUUCGCAAUGGAAUUGAUGAUGGGCAAAUUUGCGUGGGCAGCCUAACCGGAAAUAAGGAUACGUGCUCGGGUGAUUCAGGUGGGCCAUUGCAGACGGUGAUUGAUCCGAGAAGCUGCAUCUACCAUGUCAUAGGAGUAACGUCGACUGGUGGUGCUUGCGGUAUCGGGCUUUCGAAAGCAAUCUACAUCAACGUAAUGAAGUACUUGGACUGGAUAGAGCAAACGGUUUGGCAGUGACCCAGCAAUCCCAGUAAUACGAAAUAGUAAACCAUCAUCAGUGAUUGUAAAUAAAGCGUACCACCAAAAAUG